UGACCCCGUUGUUAUGUGGGGCCGCCGCAUUCCUUAGUGAUCGCGGGGCCGCUGCCGCCGCUGUGGUAACGGGCGCAUCCGGGGCGCGUGUAACGGCCGCCUCCGCCUCCUCUGCCACCACUACCUCCACCCGAACUCUUCCUUCAUCCUCUCACGUCCCCUGCCCUAGGCUCGGGCCUCGCGCCGCCGCCACGCGCCCCCAGCCGCCGGCCUCAGUCCGGACGCCGCCUGGCCCCUCGUGCCCCGUGCCCACCCGGUCCGCGAGGAGGCCCCGCGUGCCACCGCCCCCGCCGAGGAAGAGGAGGAGGAGGAGGAGGAUGAAGGACAAACAGAAGAGGAAGAAGGAGCGCACGUGGGCUGAGGCCGCCCGUUUGGUAUUAGAAAACUACUCUGAUGCUCCAAUGACCCCAAAACAGAUUCUGCAGGUCAUCGAAGCUGAGGGACUAAAGGAAAUGAGUGGGACAUCUCCCUUGGCUUGCCUCAAUGCUAUGCUUCAUUCCAAUUCUCGAGGUGGUGAGGGACUCUUUUACAAACUUCCUGGACGAAUAAGCCUUUUCACACUCAAGAAAGAUGCCCUACAGUGGUCUAGAAAUCCAUCUGUGCCUGAAGGAGAAGAGCUGGAGGAUACAGCAGAUGUAGAAAGCUGUGGAUCCAAUGAAGCCAGCACUGUGAGUGGUGAUAAUGAUGUAUCUCUUGAUGAAACCUCUUCCAAUGCCUCCUGUUCUACAGAGUCUCAAGGUAGAACUAUCUCUACUCCCAGGGAGACGUACAGAGCUGCUUCACAGACAAGCAAACCGAAGAAAAAGACUGGGGUGAUGCUACCUCGAGUUGUCCUGACCCCUCUGAAAGUAAAUGGAGCACACAUGGAAUCUGCAUCAGGUUUUUCUGGACGACAUGCUGAUGGAGAGAGCAGCAGCACAUCUAGCAGCAGCAGUAGCUCCCUGGCCCUGUGCAGCACUGCCAUGCGCAAUCGGGUGGAAAUUACCCGUGACCCUCCCCAGAUCUUGCGAGGUAUCAGGAAACCAGCAACAGGGCAAAUGAAGCGCAACAGAGGGGAGGAGAUAGAUUUUGAGACGCCUGGUUCUAUCCUUGUCAACACAAACCUCCGUGCCCUGAUAAAUUCUCGAACCUUCAAUGCCCUUCCUUCACAUUUCCAGCAACAACUCCUCUUCCUCCUGCCUGAGGUCGACAGACAGGUUGGGACAGAUGGCCUUAUGCGACUCAGCAGCAGUGCUCUGAAUAACGAGUUUUUCACCCAUGCGGCUCAGAGUUGGCGGGAACGCUUGGCUGAUGGUGAAUUCACUCAUGAGAUGCAAGUCAGAAUACGACAGGAAAUGGAGAAAGAAAAGAAGGUAGAACAGUGGAAAGAAAAAUUCUUUGAAGAUUACUAUGGACAAAAGUUGGGUUUGACCAGAGAAGAAUCACAGCAGCAGAAUUCUAGCCAAGAGGAAGCUGAACUCAAGGGUGGCUUAUGCGUUCCAGGGGAAGCAAUGCGACCACAGCGUAGUCCUGCUACACGUCAGCGGGAUGGCCACUUCAAGAAACGCUCUAGGCCAGACCUUCGAUGCAGAGCCAGGAGAAGUCUGUAUAAGAAACACGAACCUGAACAAACAGAAGCCACUAAGGAGACAACACCUCUGGCGCCAGAUUCCUCCCUUUAUAAAGAAGAAAAGGCUGAAACAGACUUGACAGAAGGAAGCAGUUCGUGUCUGCCUGGUGUGUCCUCCACAGAAUUAAAACCAGACGCUCCAGAGACUCCAGUUGUGACCAUGACUGCCAGGAUCCAAAACAGUCCAGAGGUCUUGGCCUUAGCUUCCACUUCUCUCAGCAGAAUUCCCAGCUUGCCCCAGGAGAAUACUGACCAAGAGGCAAAGGACCAGAAAAGGAAGUCCUUCGAGCAGGCAUCUGCUUCCUCCUUUCCCGAAAAGAAGCCCCGGCUUGAAGAUCGUCAGUCCUUUCGUAACACAAUUGAAAGUGUUCACCCCGAAAAGCCGCAGCCUACUAAAGAGGAGCCCAAAGUCCCGCCCAUCCGGAUUCAACUUUCACGUAUCAAACCGCCCUGGGUGGUUAAAGGUCAGCCCGCUUACCAGAUAUGCCCCCGGAUUGUCCCCAACACAGAGCACUCCAGCCGGGGCAGAACUGGUGCCAGAACCCUCGCAGACAUUAAGGCCCACGCUCUGCAAGCCCGAGCCCAGAGAGAAGCUGCCACAGCCUCCAUCGGAGGUGGGGGUGGGCCAGGGGGAGGCGGUGGAGGGAACAGUGACGAAGGAGGCGGUGGAGGUGAGGCUAGUGACCAUCCCGAGCACAGGGGAGCCAAGAGGACUCACGGAAGGUGUGCGCCAAAUCUACAACGAACACAACUAUUGCCGUCUUGUCAUAUCAUAGAUGGGGAGCAAGCCCUGUUAGAGACAGGGACUCCUGAAGGAGACUGGCUGCUAGCUGGGAAAGAUGAUUUGUCCUCUCCUCCCAUUGGAGAGGAAGGCUGUGUGUUUCACAAAGUUACUGACAUCCUCACGAGUGAGUCAGAAGAGGCUUUAUUGCCUCUCACUGUUGUUUCUCACAGCCAGCCAAAUGAUGCUGUGGUCCAGCUGUCUCCUGACACCCUAGUACAUGAUAGAUUGAGUGAAAAGUCUGAUUUGCCUACUGAUGUAAGGACUGAACAUGAGCCUUGUAUGACUUCUCAGAAAGAAAAGAGUGAAGAACAGGGACAGAUGGUUCUGUCAGAGAAAGAUUCUGUUCAGUCUCAAGUAGGAGAAGUCUUAGAAAAAGUAGCUGACCAGGCCCUAAAUUUGGACUCUUAUUCCACUGUGAAGGACACUAUACAUUCAUUGGUACCCAGUCUAAUCCCUGAAUUGUUAUUGGAUGAAAAGCAGCAAGAUGGAUCAUUGAAUGAAGUAGGACUUAAUGACUCAAAUCCACCCACUGGGGAAAGCAGUGCCAGCCAAGGGAAUGUGAAAGAUGACAGUGUAGCUCCUUGGUUAUCUGGUCCAUCAAAUGGCCAGACAGUGCAGCAGCAAGAGCUGAACUGUAGGGAAAGCACCUCAUGUACUGAACCCCACAAUGUAAGUGACCCAGAGAAAAAGGUUUCUACUGAAACAUCGAAUUUACUUGGUUUCCACCCUGCUACCCAAGAUAGCAUUAAUUCUGAUAACCUUCCUCAGCUUUGGGAACUCUCCACACAAGGAGAUAUAGCUAGUGUCUCUAAACAGAUUGAAGAAGUUCAAAGAUUUAAAAUUAAUGGAGACUGUGAAGCACUGAGUACCCACAGUGAGUCAACAGACACAGCCUCUGACUUGGAAGCUGAGCUAACUGAAGACAGUGUAGAGACAGAUCCAGACCCGGGCUUCCAACCCAACACUGAGGAAGCUGUAGGACAAGGAUCUUCAGUUGGGAGCAUGGCUGAGAAAUGUGAUUGGAAUCAAUCCGACUCCUUAAAAACUGAUGGAGAGCCAUGCGAGGUAGACUUGCCUUCAGUAACUGCAGUGGACAAGGGACUUGAGCUUCAAAGCUGGGUGUCUCAUGUAUCUGGCCCACUGAAGCCCACUGAAUCUUUACCACAAGUCAGUUCUGAAAAACAGCUAGGGUCUCCAUGCCUUACCCGUCCUGUGUCGUCAGUAGAGGCUAACAAUCCACUGGUGAUGCAGUUGCUUCAGGGCAACUUGACCCUGGAGAAGGUCCUACCAGCAGCACAUGGUGCCACCAAACUGGAAGCUAUGCCGCCAUUACCUGAAAAUAUGGAGCAGAGUAGCAAUGGCUCCUUUGGAGAAUCCACUCUAGAUCCUGAGACAAAUAGAAAUGUUGCUGGAAGAAAUAGCUCUAGCUGUAGUUCCCCAAGGGCUUUAAGGGAUGUGCUUCCUCAGGAGUGCCAUAAUCCUGGGGCAGUGCUUCCCAAGCCCAAGGGUAUCCAGGCUCUCCCUGGCACUCCCCCAAAGAACUCCAAGGUUGUCCCAAAUUCAGGCUCCCCACAGCCAUCGGCAAAUCUGGUAGGAUCUUCUGGGAAAUUGGAAGAAGUGGAGUCCAAAGAGAAAUUCUCUUCCUGCAGUUUUGAAGAGCAAAAAGAGUUGACUAUAUCUCCCAACCUGCCACAACACAGUAAUGUAGAUUCAACCCUGGGUAGAAGUCCAGGGAAGCAGACUGCCUCGCGAAUACCUCGGUUCUUGUCUCCAAAUGUGAUCUCCAUUGGUCCCAAUCAAAUCUGUGGGGCCCCAGUGGAUAAAAACUAUGUUGGUGGACAAGGGAAAAAGCUUUUUGGCUCUGGAUUCCUUGGGAGCACAGCUGUGGCCCAGCAGCAUUCCAGGUCAGUGGAGCCACUGCCUCCCAACAUUCCUACUGUGGAGCCAGUUUUUCCCAGUAGGAAGCCAGGACUAAGCAAAAGCACACUAUCUGGAGGAGGAGGAGGAGGAGUCCAGACAUCGAGAGCAGAAUGGUCCCCAAAGCAGCCCCCCAACUCUUUUAGCAGCAUCAAGAAUGAGAACAUGCUGGCCUGUGGGGGUGGCCCACCCAAGGGUAAUGCAGAGAACAGGAAAGCCAUUGGCCACAAACCUUUUGAACUGAUGGAGCAUUUUCAAGGGAUGCCCCUUGUCAUGGAUCUGCCAUUCUUCAAGCUCCCCAGAGAACCUGGAAAAGGGCUCAAUCAGCCAUUAGAGCCUUCUUCCAUCCCCUCCCAGCUCAAUAUCAAGCAAGCAUUUUAUGGGAAGCUUUCUAAGCUGCAGUUGAAUUCCACUGGUUUUAAUUAUUCAUCUAGCACACCGGCUUUUCCCAGAAGCCUCGCCGGGAGUGUGAUGCAGCUUAGCCACAAAGCAAACUUUGCUGCAAACCACAGUGCAUCACUCUCUGUGCAAAUGUUCACUGAUAGCAGCAACAUGGAAGAAAUCUCACUAAAAUGCUCCUGUAGCCUAAAAGCUAUGAUUAUGUGUAAAGGAUGUGGGGCAUUUUGUCAUGAUGACUGUAUAGGACCCUCAAAGCUUUGUGUAUUGUGCCUUGUGGUGAGAUAAUAAAUUAUGGCCAUGGAAAAAAAUGUAUAUUUAGUGUGUGUAUUUUGAUAAUGAUCUGAAAUCUGUACACAGGAAAAUAUUAUUUGUUAUAAUAGAGACACUAUUACACUGAGCAGGAACCAACCCUGCCUUGCCCCCAAAUCUGCAACGCUCAAGCCUUCUGUUCAACAAGCUUCUCGGGUCUGCAGAGAAUUUCAUCUUACUGGAGGGGUUUUUCUAGCUCUACACCAUUAUGGAGACUUUGUUGUGCCUCCCAUGAGAGGCAGCCUGCCCUCCAGUGGGCCCUGUGUAGAAGCCACUUGACCUUCAACAGAACUGGGAGGAGGAGCUAGAAGGCUGAGUUCUCUAUGAGGGGCUGAGUUAGGUUAGGACCUGCUUUGCUUAAACAGAACAAUUUCAGUCUUCCACUCGAUUCUUCUUGCCACCUGUUUUCUGCUACUUUGCAACAAGUCAGCAUUUUUCUCCCCUGUUGACUGCCCUCCCGCCCCUCCCCCGCUCUCCUAAGCAAAGGGAGAAAUUGUGAGCUCCUCAGAGCUGAAUGACAUUGCAGUAACUCUCAGCCCUGCCAAGCCCGGGCUAUUGACCCACGUUUAGGUGGUUACUUAGAGGGAGCCAUUUUGGCCUUGGGGGAUUUCAACAUGAGUGGUUCCUGCCUUCCACUCCUGAGAAGCAAAUUUGGAAGUUUUCUUGCCUUGACAUCUCUCACUGGAUUGAAGGAAUCGUAGACCUGCCUGAAUUAUGGGCUCAGAACUGGGAGGGAAGGGGGCCAGCUUUCUUGUUAAAAGGCCACUGCUGCUGUCUCAAGACCCUGUAACUCAGGAGUUCAGUAGUGUGGCAAGUGACUUCCCACCUCAGAGACAUCUCUCCAGGCCAUUUUGGACUUGCUGUGAGUGGGCAGCUGUGAGAGCGCACCUGUGUAUGUGAAAGUCAUUUUACAUUUUAAAGCAGUGUGUGUUUCUUAUUUUUAUAUUUUUAACUCUUUAUUCUUGGAUGUAUAAAGUGAAAUAUUUGGCUCUUGUAAGUAUACUCUAUGCAUCUCUAAUGUUUUAUCAUGUAUUUAUAUGUUGUACACAGUACUGGCCAAUUCUGUAAAUGGACGUAUUGUACAUAGAACAUAAAGGUCUGUUCCCUUAUUUUCAGUCUUCAGCAGUAUUGCAUUCAAAUGGUGUUAGUUACUAAUUUACAUCUGUAGUCAGAGCCACUGUAUUCUGGUCUACCCGAUGUGAGGGUGGGCUCAAGGAGGCGUAUCCUGUCAGAUCCGCCAGGCUCUCUCUCUCACAUAGGUAACUGUGGGCAGACUUGGCUGCAGGUGCAAUUUCAAGGUCAGCCUGCCCACACCUUACCGAACAAAUACAUUUUGCUCCUUUGCGCCUUCUUUUUAAAGGUAUAAAUUCUGCAGCCGUGGCUUUUUUGCUGCCACAUAUGGCAAAUCUCCAGGAACAUUUACAAGGAGGUGCCCCUUGUCAUAGACAGUAUUAAUUGCUGUGGGGCUCCCUCAUAUGUUCCUGGGCAGCACAAGGAGUUGUCCUCACAGGUUCGAAUUCAGUGUGGUGAACUCUAAGGGGGCCCAGUAAGCCUGAUCAUCUUUAGAAAUGUGGCUGUGUGGGUUGGUCUGGCCUGACUUUGGAUGGUGGAAUUGGGAAGAUAAAAGGGUAUAAUGUUGGUUUUCCUCCCCAGCCACUUUUUAGUGAAUAGGCUCACCUGUUUGUCUUCAUGCUCUGCCCCUCUUCCCCUCCCUUCUACCCCACCCCAACCCCAGUUCUUGUAUCCUUCCUUGUUAUAUACUUGACUAUCCUGUUUAAUUUCAGUUUCCCCAUGAGAGCGCUUCUGUAAGAAGUAUAAAAUUUGUAUGGCAAAAGCGCAUUUCAUUGAGUUGAGUCAGGGUCAUUUACCUAUCCCUCCCCUUCUCCCCCCCGCACCCCCCCCCAGUCCCUUUUCUUCCCUUCAAUCCAUUGUGGCAACUUUGUGAUAUGAAGUAUGAGAGAGAACAAAGUGGUGAUUUGAAACGUGGUAUUGGCAAGUCCAAGUUGACAAUUUCAAAAGCCUGUUUACCAAAGAUAGGGAGCAGAGAAGCCCAAGCAGUUUUGAGCCUCUUCUUCCUUCUUCGCUGUGUCCUUUGGGGCCACUAUAGUGUACAGUUUGAAACUGGUAUGGUCUGCAGAGCUGUCCAGAGAAAGCACUGCUCUGCUCUUGUAUGUCCCUUGUGGUAUUGGAAAAAAUAAACUUUCUGUAAAAUCUG